AUGACAACGGCACCAACAACCACAACAGCUGCACCAACAACCACAACUACUGCACCAACAACCACGACAGCUGCACCAACAACCACUACAGCUGCACCAACAACCACGACAACUACAACAUCAUCUGCAACUGUUGCACCAACAACUUCUACAGCUGUACCAACAACCAUGACAACUGCACCAACAACCAUGACAACUGCACCAAAAACCACGACAGCAGCACCAAAAACCACGACAGCAGCACCAACAACCACUACAGCUGCACCAACAACCACUACAGAUGCACCAACAACCACAACUACUGCACCAACAACCACAACUACUUCGCCAACAUUCACUACAGCUGCACCAACAACCACAACAGCUGCACCAACAACCACUACUACUGCACCAACAUCUAUGACAACUGCACCAUCAUCUACUACAGCUGCACCAACAACCACUACAGCUGCACCAACAACCACAACUACUGCACCAACAUCCACUACAGCUGCACCAACAACCACAACAGCUGCACCAACAACCACUACUACUGCACCAACAACCACGUACAGCGGCACCAACAACCACGACUACUCCAACAUCAUUUACUACAGCUGCACCAACAAUCACACCUACUCUCCCAAUUACCACAACAGCAGCAACAACAACCACAACAGCUGCACCAACAACCACGACUACUGCACCAACAUCUACUACAGCUGCACGAAAAUUUACUACAGCUGCAUCAACAAUCACGACAGUUGCACCAACAACCACAACAGUUGCACCAACAACCACAACAGUUGCAACAACAAACACUACAGCUGCACCAACAUCUACGACAACUGCACCAACAACCACGACAGCUGCACCGCCAACCACGCCAGCUGCCCUUACAAUCACGACAGUUGCACCAACAACCACUACAGCUGCAAUAACAACCAUGACUACUGCACCAACAUCUACUACAGCUCAACUACUGCACCAACAACCACGACAGCUGCACCAACAACCACUACAGCUGCACCAACAACCACGACUACUACAACAUCAUCUGCAACUGUUGCACCAACAACUUCUACAGCUGCACCAACAACCAUGACAACUGCACCAACAACCAUGACAACUGCACCAAAAACCACGACAGCAGCACCAAAAACCACGACAGCAGCACCAACAACCACUACAGCUGCACCAACAACCACUACAGAUGCACCAACAACCACAACUACUGCACCAACAACCACAACUACUUCGCCAACAUUCACUACAGCUGCACCAACAACCACAACAGCUGCACCAACAACCACUACUACUGCACCAACAUCUAUGACAACUGCACCAUCAUCUACUAUAGCUGCACCAACAACCACUACAGCUGCACCAACAACCACAACUACUGCACCAACAUCCACUACAGCUGCACCAACAACCACAACAGCUGCACCAACAACC